UAGUUCCGCUAGCUUGGGGGAUAAAGGCUUUGCCUAUCGGGGUUCGCUUCUGCUCCAGUCGCUACCAUGGCUUGCAGCAGGCAGCUGGCGCCCUAUUUCAAGCCGUCUCUCCCAUUUACUGGCCCUAUUCCUGGCGGUCUUCGUGAUGGAUUUAUGGUUAUCAUCAGUGGAACUGUUCUUCCUGCAUGUGACAGGUUCCAGAUAGACUUUCAGUGUGGAUCCUGCCCAUAUCCUCAAGAUGAUAUUAUUUUUCAUUUUAACCCACGAUUUGAAGAGGGUGGAUAUGUGGUUUGCAAUACUUUUGAAAGACAGAAUUGGGGAAGAGAGGAGAGGAACUAUGCAAUGCCUUUUUUUAAAAGUCACCCCUUUGAGAUUCGGGUUUUGGUAAAAUGCGACUCAUUCCAGGUUGCUGUAAAUGGAAAUCCCUUCGUGCAGUACAAUCACCGGAUUCCAUUUACCAGAGGGAACUACAUUAGUGUGUCUGGGGGUGUGGAUGUGGCAAUCAUCAGCUUCCAAGAUAAUGUUUCCCUGGGUACUUGGUGUCCUAGAGCAGCUGGGAUCCUGCAGACUUAUCCUGUGCCAUACCACACUUCGAUUUUUGGAGGACUUUAUCCAUCAAGAUCUCUCACAAUAACAGGGACCAUUCCUCUUCAUGCUGACCGAUUCCAUGUCAAUCUGAAAUGGGGCGAACACGUUGCCUUCCAUCUAAACCCAAGAUUCUCUGAGAAGACCAUUGUCCGCAACAGUCAGCUGCACCAGUCCUGGGGACCAGAGGAACGUGGCUUGCCAGGUGGCAUGCCUCUCCUCCCUGGGCAGAGCUUCACAAUCUGGAUUUUAUGCGAAGCUCACUGCUUUACGGUGAGUGUGAAUGGACAACACCAGUUUCAAUACAACCAUCGAGUUCCUAACCUGCAGCAGAUAGACAGGCUUGAAGUAGAGGGUGAUGUUACGCUGACCUGUGUUCAGGUUUAAAAUUUAAAUCCUACAUACAAUUUAUAUAACAGCAUCAGCUUCUGUGUACGCCUCCUAAAAUUAGCAGUUUACUAAGGAAUUUGCUACUGAAACUUAAUCAAGAAUCAAAUUCUUUUUUUAUAACCACUUCAACCUAACUAGCAAUCCUGCUAUUUCUACAAUACCAACCCACGCUUUUUGCAUGAGCUUUUUAUAUGCUAGAACUUUCCUUCUGUUCAGAUCAUAUUGUUCAUUUUAUAAGCCUUUUUACUAUGAUGAUACCUUACUUUUGUAAGUGAAUGAUCAGGGAUCUGUGCAUUGAAGUUAACAUUAAAACAUUUGGAGAAAGUG